UUUUUCCGAUAUUCUGCUCCUGAGUGCCCGGCGUUUGAAUAUCGCCACUCAUUCCACAUCAUAUCGUCACGGAUGCCUGCGUAAAAUGCGGCUAAUGCAGAACUUGCUGGCGUUCGGCAUCAUCCUAGUUUCCUUCUUGUGGGUUUGCUACACUGGCAACGCCCCAACGGCCCAAUCCAACCCAUCGUUCAAGCUAAAGCCUCGUCCGCCUUGCGCUUUCAAAGAACAUUCGAUAAAAGAUUUGGAUGCCCCCAGGCCGGCUUCCCAUUGGGGGCACAUAAGGAUUUUCCCCGCCAUGGGUGCUUCUGGGCAGUGGAUGCAGGUAGUCUGGUCUCAGUGGGUACAAGCGAAGGUGGGAGAAGAAGAGAAGGAGAGCAAAAGAGAUCUGCCACGCAAUGCAUGGUCGACCCAGUCAAUGGCCACGAGCUGAUCCCCUGCAAAGGUCCUGCAGGUUUGCCUCGAUGUGGACAAGACUCAACUGCCAUAUUUGCAACCUCUUUCCUUGCCCUUAACUUGAGGAUAUUAAGUACCACCUUAUGAUACGCG